GCCAUUUUUUUCACUUGCAAAUGUUUAAGCCAUGUUCCUUUGCUCUCCGGCACUAUGGCCUGCAUCGUUCGCUAUCGACCUCAGCGGCAGUGCAGAAUUCUCCUUCCCCCUCUCGCUUGGUACGAAUAGGUAAUCUUACCGAAGAUUACGACGUUCAGAGGACGCUCCACAAUGCGAAAGCAAUACCCGUCGAGAAAGCAAUACUAAACAAGGACCAUCUGCUUGUAUGGUUUCCAGACAGUGCUAGCGCGGCUCGUGUUGUCGAUUCGAUCUUCAAACGUAGCGAAAACUUCACCUACGAGUACGAGGACCCGACACCACCUCUGUCGGCAGAAAUCGCCGCUCAUAUUGGCUUGGGUGCUUACCGGAAAAUACGUAUAUUCAAUCUGCCCAUUUCUACGAGCACGGAUUCGUUGAAGGAGACCUUUGCUGACUCCUGGGAUGCGAUGGCCCACACGGAAAUAGUGAAGAAGGAGAAGCGGGGUACGGCUACCGCCUAUCUGGAAUUUGCGGAUAUACGCUCUGCCAUUAAGGCUGUGGCCACGCCCAAGGUGGGACUCCUACAGGACACUAUCAUCGACUAUUUUAACAAUUCCCGAAUUUAUAAUUACCCUCCAUUUGUGCACGUACGCAAAGAGCUUACUUAUGGAGGGAAACGUGGCAUAGUCAUCAGCGGCAUUAAGGAUACAGAUCAGGUUGAGCAGGCUGUAUGGUCUACUAUAGGAUCGAAGACGGAAGCCAUGGUGUUGGACUCCGAAGUUGUUGCAUCUCAAAACUCUAUCGUUUUACAGUUUGCUACUGCCAAAGCCACGUUUGAGUUUAGAGACAAAUUUGCUUCUGCCGCCAAAUCUCUUGGUGUCAAAAUGAAGCCGAAAAAACUAGAUUUAGACAAGUCAGCGAUCUCAGUCAUAGAACUCGGUGGAAGCCGAACGUUGUACAUUCGCGCAAAGAGCAAGCGCGGGAUCAAGAACUCUGCCCAGUUCGAGCACUUUGGACCAGUGAUGCAGGUUGUCAAGAACGGCGACAUCACAGAAAUCACAUUCAAGUCCUUCCAUGAUGCCAUGAACGCUCUUAUCCAGCUCGAGGCCGGAACCCAUAGCCUUACUGGGCUCAAAGGCGCCUCGAUAUACAUACCGAAUACAGAGCCUGUGACCAUCGCACCCCCUACGUUAGCGCCGCAGACGGAAGCUAUCCGUUCAGCAAAAGGGAAGGAAUUUCUUGCGAAGGCAGAGGAGUUCGCAGCGCAGGCAAAUGCCAGCCUGCCGGCGUCAUGAAGCCGCGGAACUUUAAAAUCGUUUGUCCAUGAGGCUUAUAGUACUGGGGCACGUCCUUGAUAUUACAAUCUCCAUCAAAUAUCUUCUCUGCCUGAGGGUUCAAUUGAUAUUAAGCACUCUGAGGAAGCUUCAAUCCUUUACAUUGACAUGUGUUAU